CUUAACAAUGAGCUCACUACAGCAGCUGUCAGGCUCUGCGGCACUUAGCUUCUAGUUUAGGAACAGUAACAGCAGAAAAAUGGCUGAGGCAGUCGCAAAAGUGGCCCGCAUUGUUAAUGCAACCGUAGAGGAGGGAAAAGAUACGCUGGACCUGUCAAACUGCAAGCUCAUUUCCUUCCCAGACGGUGUGUUCAAGAUCCUCAGGAGUGUCUCAGACAACAUCCGCAUUAUCACACUGGCUGACAACGAGAUGAAGUCCAUUUCCGGCAAACUCUUUUCAACCUUCACUCAGCUGAGAGAACUGGACCUUCGAGGAAAUGUUCUCACCAAACUGCCUGACAUCAUGGGAGAAAUGGAGCAUUUAACCUGCAUCAAUCUAGCUAAUAACAGAUUCUCCAUCUUCCCUGAUAAGCUGACUGAAAUAACCACACUGGAGAAGAUUAACCUGGAGGGAAAUAGCAUCACAGAAAUACCAGUGGAAAAGUUGACUGACAUGCCGGCACUGAAGUGGCUCAACGUGAAGUCAAACCCUUUGGACUCAAACACUCAGUCUGCUCUGCAAUCUGCCCACAAUUUUGAAACGGAGUGCUAAAAUAUGUCCUAUUUUAUAUACCCACCCACGGACUGCAUGCGGUGUGCCUUUUAGCUACUUCAGUGGGAUGCUUUGGUGUGCCUGAGAGACGGGGACACAUACUUGAAGAUAUCGAACUGAAGAUAUCACAAUGGUUUACGAGAAGCAAAACAAACAGAGGUGUGUUAUUAAAGAUUUUACGUUCUUCUGAUGACUUCAUCCUGCGGCCUUUAAUCUGGUUUCUCUUUAUGAACUACAAAGAGAUGAAAUCAAUCCAUUUAUACUCCAUUUGAUUUAUAAACAAAAAAAAGGACUUAUUUAUUACUUUUGAUAGUAUAAAAACAUUUUGUUCAAUUAAAAAGUAUG